CCCGCCACGCCCCCCCACUCAGAUCACAUGGCCUGGAUGGGCGAGUCGGUCAAGGCAGACUUGUUCUUGAUGACCAUCCAGUCGCCCGAGAGCCGGUCGCUGUCGGCGUGUGAGAUGGGGCUGUUAAAGGGGCUGGGGAGGAGGAAGGUCUUGCCGCCCUUGGACGACUUGCCGGUUGUGUGGGGGGCCAUCUUGGCCUUGUUGGACUUGCUGAUCAUGCCCGUCACCGACGGCAGGUCGCUGCCGUCGUCCACGUCGUAGUCACCCUCAGACGACUUGUCCUUCUCCUGACACACACACAGACAUACAUACAGACAGACCGACACACAUGCAGAAAGAGGCCGAUGCACGAUCGCCCGUCGUGUGCUCUCUCCCCUCCUCACCUUAAUUUCUCCCUCGCUGACGACGAGCCAGUCGCCCGACACGCGAUCGCUGGUGGCCGACUUGGGUGUGCUUGGGAGUGAGGGCGGGGGGCUGCCGCUGGUGCUGAACAUGCCCUCGUCGCCCAGGAUCUGCUUGGAGAUGGCCUCCGCGGAGUUGCGGAAGAAAUCGGUCAUGUUCUUGAGGACCUCGCCGCGGUUGGCCGACGGGCUGAGGGGCGGGCGGCGGUUGGAGGGGCUGCCGUGCUGCACCAGGUCGUUGCCUAGCGUGAAGUAUGGCUUGUUGCACGCCACGCUCUUGCCCUCGCCGGACACGUCCUCGCCAGUCAGGACGAUCGUCGAGUGGUGGCUCUCGCUCCCGUGCAUCGACGACACGCUCCGGAAGUUGGCGCGAGGGCCGGCAGCGGGGUAGCUCGGGGCCUCAGGACCGUUGACCUCAACCUCGCAGCAGCACGUCCUGAACACCCACAAAGACAAGAGACGUAUGGCGACACGUGUCUCGUGCCCGUUUUGCCUGCCCUCCGCUCUGUGUGUCUGACCAAAGGUAGAAGCCCGGGAUGGUCGCGGUGCGGGGGCGCACUUGUGACGAGUCGAUGAAGGGUGCCGUGGAGGACGUGAAGAGACCCGGUGAGGGCAGCGUGGUGUUCUCGGCCCCGUCGAACCCGCUGUGUGCCGAGCCCAUGUAGCUGGUCAGGUGAUCUCCAUCUUUGUAGUGCGCAGGCUGUUGUGGCGGCGACUGCGUGUCCAAGAGCAUGGUGCUGGCCAUCUCGGGGGUUGUGUCCAUGAUCACACAACACAGCACACGAG